GCUUUCUUUGUAAGAGAAGGAAACAUAAUGAUGGUGACCUGAGACUAAAGAAAGUUUUUAGAUGAACAGGAGACAUAGCCGCAAAACUAGGAAUAUCCAUUGCAUAGCAUAAGAGAAAAUGGCUUAAGUCUUGCGGAAAUUCAAAACUAUUUAUAAGCAGAGCAGUAAACCCUAGUGGAUAUUCACAAAACAACCAAUUCUGAAAGAGAUUUAAGUAAUGGCAGCAAGACAGCAACCCAGAGGAACAGGCUUGGGGGUUCAGUAUGAGGAUUUUGUCCCUAAAUCUGAAUGGAAAGAUCAGCCUGAGGCCACUGUUCUCACCAUUGAUCUUCCAGGUUUUACAAAGGAGCAAAUAAAGGUGACGUAUGUGCACACCUCAAGGAUGAUAAGAGUCACCGGAGAGCGUCUCUUGGGUGAUAGGAGAUGGAGCCGUUUCAACGAAGUGUUCACUGUUCCACAGAACUGUCUAGUGGAUAAGAUACAUGGGAGCCUCAAGAACAAUGCCCUCACCAUCACCAUGCCUAAGGAGACUAUUACGAAGGCGCCUAAUCUUCCAGAAACUUCUAUGACUGUGGCUGAGAAGGUGAAGCAGCUAGAGGAGAAGAGGCUGUUGGAGGAAGCUAGAAGGAAAGAGCAGGAAGAGGCUGAGAAGAAGAAAAAGCUUUUAGAAGAGAAAGAGGGGAUACUUAGAAAGCUUCAAGAAGAAGCUAAAGCAAAAGAGAUGGCUGAGGCAAGAAAGUUUCAAGAAGAAGCUAGAACAAGGAAACUUCAAGAAGAAGUUAGGGAAAUGCAGCUUCAGGAAGAGGCCAAAGCAAAAGAGAUGGCUGCAGCAAGAAAGUUUCAAGAAGAAACUAGAGCAAGGAAACUUCAAGAAGAAGCUAGGGCAAAAGAAGAAGUUAAAGCAAGGCAGCUUCAAGAAGAGGCCAGAGCAUAUGAGAAACUUGAGGAGAGGAGGCUUGUGGAAGAAGCUGCACUAAAGAAGAAGUAUAUGGAUGAAUCUGUAGGAAACAGGAAAAUAAUAAAGCUAGAAGAUAGGUUGCUUCCAGAAGUGGACUAUACAAAAUCCACCCCUAGUUCUGCGACCAAACCUGUGUCUGAAAGAACAAGAGAGGUCGUGAAAGCAGCAGAAGAGAAACUAGGUUACUUGGUGGAGAAGGAAAAGAAAACAGAGAAAGGGAUGAUGGAGAAAAUAAGAGGAAAAGAUAUAACAAGGGAAGAGAAGAAGCUGAUGGUGAAUGCAGGAGUGGCUGCUCUUGUGAUCUUUGCUCUUGGAGCUUACGUUUCUUAUACCUUUUGUUCAUCUUCUUCAUCUCCUAGUAGCAAACCAGAAUGAUGAUGUUUAUAAGAAAAAAUUGUGUGAAGAAGUGCUUUUAUAAUUUGUAAACUGUAAAAUAUUCUGAAAUAUAAUAAAGUUUGAUGAUGUAAUA